AAUCGUGUUUUACAAUUUUACGAAGAGGUUUCUCCAAAUCGUAAAUCAAGCCAAGGGUUUGGAAUUAAAUUCCCGCCAGUUUUUAUUCAUAUACAAAAGGAAUUUUAUGUAAUAAUGGGUAACCAACAUUCUGAACAUAGAAAUGAUGAUUUUUCAUACGAAAAAUCAGGUUUACCAUAUAAGUCAGAUGUAGCUUUGAAAUGGGGAACUUGUCCAGAAUGUAGAGGUCCAAAUACCGGAUGGAAUUGGUGCCAAGAAUGUAAUUCUAAACAUUUUAUGCGAUUUUUUCAAUCUUGGACAAGUAAUAAUGAAAUAAUAGAUGAGUUUAUAAGAGAUACUCAAAUUUUAGCAAAAUCUCAUUCACACGUAUUUGAGUGGAUACCCUAUAAAAGAUUUUAUAAGAUAGAAUAUAUUACACGUGGAGGAUUUGGUAAAGUUUAUUCAGCAAGCUGGAGAGAUGGUAGAAUUAUGAGUUGGGAUAUAGAUAAACGAACAUGGGUGCAGCAAUAUAAGCCUAAACAACAAAAGGUGGCUUUGAAAACUAUUUAUAAUGGAAUGAAAAUAACACGAGAAUUUUUAACUGAGAUUAAAUCACAUUCUGAAUAUGACGAUCCAAGUUAUAUUGCUAAUUGUGAUCUUGGGCAAGGCCAUCUAAUCGAUAAUCGUGAUGAUUUGUAUUCUGAAAAAAAAAAAAAAAUUAUAGUUGGUGAAGGCCAUCUAAUCGAUAAUCGUGAUGAUUUGUAUUCCGAAAAAAAAAAAAAAAUUAUAGUUGGUGAAGGCCAUCUAAUCGAUAAUCGUGAUGAUUUGUAUUCUGAAAAAAAGGAAAAAAUUAUAGUUGGUGAAGGCCAUCUAAUCGAUAAUCGUGAUGAUUUCAUUUGUAAAGGUGAUCGACCACAAAUUAAACAAGAUGUUCCACCAUCUAUUGCUAAAUUGAUUCAACUAUGUUGGCAUGGUGAAUCCAAUAAACGCCCGACGGCGGAACGAUUGGUUGGAAUCCUUGAAAAUGCUUUAGAGAAUGAUUGGAAAAUACCACCGGAACUUAAAGAUAAUGACCAAAAGAUUGCUGAAGAAAUCAGAGAGUUCUUGAAAUCUCAUGGGAAGGAAACUUUGUCUGAUUUUAAACUCUUUGUAAAAGAUCAAAAUAGUAAUAAUCAUCCAGAAGCUAUUUAUAGAAGUCGAGAUUUGGACUUUCUUGAAAACCUAUCAAAAUUAAUGGAUGAUUAUGAUUUAUCUAAUUAUCUGGCAAAUAUGAACAUCUCUUCUUUAGAUAAGCUCCCAGAAAUUACUACUGCUGAAUAUGUGAGAUAUUUCGCUAAUAUUAAUGGUAUGACCCUUGUUAUCAUUAUACAAGUACUUUAUGUUUUUGUUAUGGAUAAUCGUUAA